CGGCAAGGGAGCCCAGCGCUCUUGUGGGCGCCGAAUGAGCCGAGCCGUCUGGGCGUCCCUGCGCUGCUCGACGGAGACCUAACCUUCCCCCUUCCUACAACCUCGUGAGGGAUCCGAGAAACCUUCCUUGCGCUUGAGAGUUCUCUGAGGGCGUGGAGCGGAGUCACACGGUCAUCUCUGGCCUGCAGGUGUCCUAUAAGGGGGCGGGGGGCGCUAAAAGACUUCCUGCUCCCCCUCGUUCCCCUCCCCGGCUCCGUAGCUCUGAAGAACGGCGAGUCCUCCUGCCCUUGCUGCAGCGCGCCCUGAUUGGCUGCCCAGGCUGCCGCCGCCCGCAUAUAAAGGCGGCUCUCUGUCGCAGUUGCUGCACAGCUGGGCCAGAGGGCUUUCGUGGGGAGCGCGGCGGAGGCGACCCGAGCUCCGAACAGCCGCGCUGGGUGGGCGGUCCGGCGCCGUUCUUCCUCCUGGCGCCAGGAUGGACUCCGAAGCCUUCAGCUGGCGGAGGCCCUGGGAGGAGGGCCGCGGCGGGGCGCGCUCGGUCCGGGUCAGCUUCGCCCCGCCGUUGCCCCGCCGAUCGGCUCUCCUCUCCUCCACGCUUGGCCCCGUGGCUGAUCUGGCGCAGGUGUGCAACCUGAACGCGGAGCUCCUCGGGCUGCGCGCCCGGGAGAAGGAGCAGCUGGUGGAGCUCAAUGACCGCUUCGCCACCUACGUCGAGCGGGUGCGGGACCUGGAGCACCGGAACAGGUCGCUGCUGCUGGAGCUGGAGGCGCUGCGGCGGCAGCAACGGGCCCCGGCACGCCUGUGGCAGCUCUACGGGCAGGAGGCGCGCGGCCUGCGGGCCUUGCUGGACGCCGAGACCAGCGACAAGGUGCGCCUGGAGGCCGAGCGGGACAGCCUGCGCCAGACCCGCGGGCAGCUCCGCGAGCGCUGUGCCCAGGAGGCCCGGCGGCGCCUGGACGCCGAGAGGGCUCUGCGCCGCCUCCGCAAAGACGCUGCCCGCGCCGCGCUGGCCACCGGCGACGCAGACGGGGUGGCCGGCUGUCUGCGAGCAGAGCUGGCCUUUUUGCAGAAGCUCCUGGGCGAGGAGAGGGCUGAGCUAGUGUCCCAAGCCGAGCUGGCUGCAGCGACCAGGGCGGCAGUGGCGGAGGGCGGCCCGGCGGCGGGGACUGCCAGGCCGGACAUCGCCGCCGCGCUGCGCGACAUCCGCUGUCAGUACGAGAGCCUGGCGGCCAAGAACCUGCAGGCGGGAGAGGAGUGGUACCGCUCCAGGUUCGCCUCGGUGGCCGAUCUCGCCAGCCGCAACCAGGAGGCCGUGCACAGCAUCCGCCAGGAGACCGCAGAAUACCGGCAACUCCUGCAGUCCCGCUCGGGAGAGAUCGAGACCCUUUGCGGCGCCAACCACUCGCUCCACAAACAGCUCGAGAGCCUGGAGGAACAGCAGAGCGCCGAGCUGGCUCGCUGCCAGGAGAGAGUGGCAGAACUGGAGCGAGGGAUCUCAGACGCCAAGGAGGAAAUGGCACGAUACAUGCAUGAGUACCAGGAGCUGCUGAAUGUCAAGAUGGCACUGGACAUCGAGAUAGCUGCGUACAGGAAACUGCUGGAGGGGGAGGAGAUGUGGUGGGCCUCUUCUUCCUUGCAGCUCCUGAUGAAGUGAUGGUGAUUCCGCCUAGAGCAAAGGCACCUCCAAGAUGGAGGAUGAUUCUUCCUCAUUGUCAUUUCUCCUCAAACCUUCCUUCCUCCACAUCAAGUUGAUUGCACCCCACCCCUCUUUCUCUGUGGGUGGGGUAGUGCUGGGAAUCUCCCGUGGCUCUAGGGAGGGUGGAAGAGAGGAUUCUCUAUGUCAGCCCCUUCAAAGUUCACACUUUCUUGUAGCUGUGCCGUGAGGUGCCGUUGGUGGGUGUAGGGGCUGUGUCACCCUUAUGGCUUUAGAGGCAGCUGCUGUCUUCAAGGCCAGAGAGAUUCUUCCCCCUUUAGCCUAGGCCUUCUGGGGCUACCCUCACAACCCUGCCUGCCCAAUCUCAUUCUUUCUUCCCCCUCACAUGUCCAGAAAAAGAAGAAGCAGAGAACGUGAUGCGGGGUUGGAUCUUAUAUGUAUUGUGUUAUUUAAUUAAUGUAUUUUAACCCCCCUCUUCAGCAAGGCUGGCUUAAGGUCUGGGCUAACUGGGGUGCAUCAGGGAGGGGGGCUGUGUCAGGGGACCAUCAGCAUUGUAGGCCCACUUGCAAAGUGCUAGCUAGAGAGGAAAUGGUUUAACAAAGAAUUGAUGAAUUGAUGUCCAAUUGAUGGAUUUAAGCUGCCUUCACCCAUUGUUCUCCCAGAGUGGAAGGGGCGACAACUGCUGUCCCUGCCCUGAGCACUGUGUGGCUUCCCCAGCCCAGCCCAGUCCCCCCCCCCCGUGCCCACAGAAGCAGUGUGGGAGUCUGCAGGGUGGAAGCUUAUAUUAUAUAGUGUGAAUGUCAGGAGCAGCACCAGGGACACUGCACAAAACUGGGGUCUGGACUAAGAGUGUGCCCCCCUGUACUUGAGGAGAUGCUUUCAUAUCAUUCAUGCCUGAAGGAAGCUUGAGAUGGGGUUUGCGUCCAGGGAAAUAGGGGCAUUUACUUAUUUUGCAUAUUUCAUGUGUGUGGGUUCAGUGUCUGGAGAGGAUUAUCCACCCCCCGGCCUGUUACCUGAGGGCCCAUCAGAGCCUUAAUCCAGCUCUGCUCUUUGGUCAAAAAGGCUCCCAGAGUAAUUUACAGAUCAAUUUUUAAAAAAGACAUUUUUAAUUGAAAGCAGGUGCUUCCACUCCUGAAUGUGGUAAAUUAGGAUAUCCUGGGACUUCCCAUCCUGCCCCCCCUUUGGAAUAAACGGCACCACUUCUGCCCCCCCUCCUUCAAGAACAAGGAGGGGGAGGGAUGACCCCUUUCUCCCCCUCACCUUCCUUAAGCACUGUGCCCUGGGAAUUCAGAGCCACAACAACACAUGCACUGCUGCCCCCUCCAGAUCCUGGGGGGUGAAACAGCAUGAGAUGUCCCCCCUUAGCCCCCCCAGGCAAUGCAGCUGGGGCUGAGGGCGUGCUGCAGCCAGCUCUCCAGAGCACUCUAUAGGGGGCUGUGCCCAUUGAAGCACCCCUAUAUCUGGUGCCUUAUGGGAGGGCUGCCCCCCUGCACUUGGGACAAGACGGCUGCCCGAAAGUUCCCACUCGCCUCCUGGGCCAAUGGACCAGGCCGCAGCCACCAAACACUGGGCGGGUGUUGCUUGGGGAGCCUGCGAGGGGCAGAUCUCUCCUCCUCCCCUCUGCUUAUGAGGGCAGCAUGAGGAGAUGCUGGCGUUGCCUCCUCCACUCCCAGGCUGGCCUUAUACAGGGCCCAGAUCACUGGGGAGGAAUCUCACAAACCUGGGUGUAACCCCCCAUCCCCUUCCUUUCCAAAUGAUGUGUGCCGGGGGGAAAUUUGCAGUGGUCCUGGAGACCCUUGCCUCUUCCACUGCGACCCCUGCUGCAAAGCCCCAAACUCCCCCUCCUUAUGGGCUGGGCUGCUUUGUCCCUGAUGAGCCUCUUCUGCAAAGAAGCAGCCAUGUUUUCUGCACAGACUCUCUCUUUCUCUCCCCCAACCCUGGCGGGCUUUGGGGGUUUGUUGCUGUUACAAAAAUUGACUGGCCUUCAAUGCCUGUUGUGGAGUUCCAAGCAAGGGACACUGAGGGUGGGUGAAUUAAAUGGUGGGGGCAUUUGUAAGAGAAAACCUGUGGCAGGCAAGGUGGGGCUCGUUUUGGUCAGAGAGGGUGUGGCUAGGAAGGGCAACUCCACGCCUCCGCCCAUGCACACACAGGCAGAGUCAGGCCAGCAGCAUUCCUCACCAGCUCCUCCCGUUUUUUGUCUGUGACAGAAUCAAAUCAAUAAAUACUUAUGAAAUUAA